GUGUGGUACAUUUAAUAGCCAAGGUAGAUGUAAAACGAGGAAGAAAUAUACACUAACCUACUCUGGUUGUCGUUUUCAUUGAAAUUUUAUAUGUUCUGGUGAAAAUUAACACUGCCCUAUGCCAUUUGUCAAACGCAAGUCGGAUCCAGUCCGAAUAAGCCAGGUGGAGCUUCACAAAGAUAACAAUAUCCGAGAUGAACUGGAAUGCAUAUCUAACCACACCCUCUGUGGAAUAAUACAACAGCUAAGUAAUCUUAACCAUCAUGCCUCGGACAUGUUUGACGACCUGUUUAUCGAAACUUUAAAUGUCGUCAAAAGAUCAAACAAACUUAAAGACAAACUCAAUGAAAUGAGAGAAAAAUAUAAGAAGUGGAAUAAGAAAAAGAUUGGAGGUUCUUUGAAUGACAAUGAAAAUGAAAAUGCUCUUUCGCAGCAUUUUGAUCAGCAAAUCUUUAGUGUUCAAGGCAGACCCAAUGCCAUAGUGUCCAUGUACAAGGCAGCUAACCUUCCUCCGGCCAUUUCAAAGACUGACCAAUUCAGAGAAGAUGGGAAAAGUGGAUUAAAGCUGUAUACCAACCCAGACUUUUUCUUUGCUCAUUGGUCUUCACAGAUGGAGAAAAAGGAAACCGAUUAUAGCCAUCGAAAGACAAAGAGAGCAGAAAGAAAAAAUCGUCGACAGGAUAAAGGAGAAGGUCCGAGACAAGUUAGGAGAAUACAAGAUAAAAUGAGAGACAAAGCUAAAGGCGCAGAAUUUAGCACACAGUUUGUUCAACAAAGUCAUGGGAAACGUAAGAAGGAAAAAAAGAAAAAGAUGGAAGGAAUUUCUAGUAAACAAUGGGAAAAACAACAUCCUAACCAGAAACUUGAAAACGUCGAGGAAAAAGACGAAAUGGAAGAAUCAGGGAAAAUACAUAAUAGGGAUGAAAAUAAAAAGAUUGUCCCAGAUUCUAGUAUACAGGCAGGAUUGCCUAAAGAAAAUGAUGCACCGCCACCUGUACCUAUGCGUAAAAACAGCGUCAUUUCAAAUCACACUAAUUCGGCAUUACCACCACCUCCUGAUGAUCGAUACAGUAAUUUACCGCCGCCACCUCCUGAUGAUCGAUACAGUAAUUUACCGCCGCCACCUCCUGAUCCGCCUAAUGCUAUGACAAAUGGACCUAUUCAGAGUGUUGCAUUGCCACCUGCUCCUCACGAAUUCUAUCAAUCGACAAUAGACGAGCGUGAAUCUUUUUAUCCGUUACCUCCACCACCCAAUGAGUCGGACAGUAAUGAAGGAAGAGACAGCAUAAUUGAACCUCCUCCUACACUUGAAAUAAAUCCACAACUGCUGAGAACCUCUCAAAAGCUCAGAGCCAAUAGAAUAAGUACAUUUGUUUUUCCACCAGCCAUGGAAAAUGGCGACAAUAUUAACAGCAGAAAACAUAUCCCGCCUCCUCCUGUUUUUCCAAACACUUCCGUUCCAAACGCACCGCCACCACCACCGCCUCCGCCACCCCCGGGUCUGGCGCCUGCACUAAAUACGUCGACGACAGCGCCUGCAUCUGUAAGUGUUGAAACUACAUCUGCAACAGGAAUGUUUUCAGAAAAUUCAUUACUUGCAAUGAAAAAGAAUUUAAAACAGUCAAAGGACAGAAAAACACCAACACAGUCGGUCAAGUCUAAUUCGAAUCAUAUGGAUGUUACCACCAUAAUGAACAGAGCAUUAGAGAAUCGCCGAAAGUUUACAGAAGACAGUUCAAGUGAUGGUGAUGACUCCGAAUUUUCCGACAGCGAUUGUGAAUGGGAUGAAUGAUUGUUAUUAAAUCUAAUGACGUCUGUGUACUGACUACAAUGCUGAUAUAUGGUUUGAAAUACAGGGGAUAUAAUUUUUUUUAAACAGGGAAGAUGGACAUUUUUCUUUAAAACGUAACGCAAGAAGUUCUUCCAAAGAUAACUUAUAUAAAUAGUAUAUUAGCAACUUUAUAUUGGACCAGUUGGAAGGGGGCAGGGAUUUUAAAUAAAAAUCAGCCGAG